AUGUUGUCGAUGAUAACAGCAAAACAUGUGGCCAUUUUCUUUGGUCUGGCCACAACGGCAUUCUGUGUGUCCACAAUUGUCUUGGCCGUCGAGAAGGCUAAUCUGGAGGAUGACUUACAGGAUGCCUUGGAUAAGCUGGAUACGAUUUCUACAUUAACACCGACUUAUACACCACCCACUCCUUCACUGCCAACAUCAUCGGAAACAACGCCAUCAUCAUCACCAUCAUCGCCAACGACUGCAUCAACGGAAACAACACCAUCAGGUUCAUCACCCGGUGGCAGUAGUUCGACGGAGGGUAUUCCAACAUUACCAUCAUGGCCAACAGCACCUUCAGGUGUUCCAACAUUCCCCACGCUACCAACAGGUCUACCAAAUCCCGAAGAGUGUAGAGCCCGCCAUGCUGCCAUAUUCUUUGGUCUAUUGUGCACUGCUCUUUUCGUGACUGUGGUAGUUUUGGCCGUUGAAAAUUCCGAUUUGUCGCAUGAUUUGAAGGAGGCCCGUGUAAAACUUGACGUUAUGGAAUCAUACAUACAAAGCAUGACAACGACAACAACAACGACUACUGCUGCUGUAACAGAAGCAGCAACAACUACAACAUUUUCAGUACCCAUACCACCAAUACAAACAACUUUGCCCUCCUCAUCCUCACCACCACAGGGAACAGCCCCACCACCACCAAUUUUACCUUGA